AUGUUUCCUAACAUAAUUAAACCUCACAUAAAGCCAAGAUCAUUUUCAGUCAACGUCGAUUACUCUGGAAUGAAAUCAAAGGCAAAAAGAAACAUCUCACAUUAUUCUUAUAAAAUAGUAGAGAAACUACACGCAUAACCAGCACCAAAUGGGAUUAUAAAUAUAGUUCCUUAAAAAGAAAAACCAGGCUCAUUAAUAAUAAUCAUUGAGAAUGUUGAGGACUUUUUAAAAGAGAUGGCUUAAAAUCAUAAAUACUAAUAAUUUUUAAAGUUCAAAGAUUUCCUUAAUGAGAAAUAAAUUACUCAAUUUUUUCAUUACAUCUAAAAUUUUCUAAUAAAUUUAUAGAGCUCGAUGUUUGAACACCACUAUUGUACUUUCUAAUUAAAUAAAAAACCUAUUGACAUUGAGACAGCAGACAGUAAAACUGUUUACGAAGUUAUAACAGAAUUUAUGCUUCGGCAUUAAAAACAGCAUGAAAAUCUUUAUAUUUAUGGAGGAGACUUUUCAUUAAUACACAAAUCGGAGUUUCGAUAAAUUAUCUAUAUUUCUGAAUAGAGAAUUGAAAAGUAAAUGAACCAAGAAAUCAAAGUAAAUGAAAAAGCAUUUCGAUUUAGGACUUAAAUUCAAAGUUAAAUGAAUGAUGCGAAUUCUGAAGAUAUACUUAUAGAUAAUCGAUUGUAUUAAAUUGGCAUGCAUAAGAAAAACAAAGAGAUUAAAUAAUAUUUACAAUAAUAAAACAUAGAGAAGAGAGAGUUAAAUUAACCAUCAAGUAUUAAUGAUUUAAUGUCUCUAGGGAAUUCGAAGGAGUUAUAAAUUAAAAAGUUUAUCGGUUUAAAAGAGAAGAAAAUAGAUUUAGCUGAAGAAUUACCAUAAAUUUGUGAAUAAAUUUAUGAUAAAUUUACAAGAAUUUUCUAAUUAGAAUAUAUAAAUGUAGAUAAGGAAGUAUUUUCUUAAUUUUUAUUGCUUUGUGAACUCACUAUCUAAUAUUCUAAAAACCUAACCUUAGAACAAUAGAUCACUAGAUUUAAUGAAGAUAAUGAGAAAUUUCGAUUGCUAAUAAAGAAUGUACUUUAUUUUGAGUUCAAAAUAUUAAAGUGCAUGAACCUAAAUUUACAAAAAUUGUAAAAUUGUGUUAUUCAAGCAUUAUUGAAAUUUAUCAAUUAAGAUACAAAAUCCCAAGAAGCACUCAACAAAAUUUACUGGAAUGCCUUCUUGAGAUUCAAAACAUUUUAUAUUGACUAAAAAUGGACAACAAGUGAUUUUCGUUAUUUUUUGCUUUUGCUUAACGAAGAAUCUCCACUUACUCUAUAGAUCUAUUUAUAAUUACCAAUCAGAGAAUUAUCAAAGGCAAUUUUCUCACUCAGCGAAGACCUUCUGCAAUAGAUAGUAUGGUAAAUAUUAUAUACUAAAUAAUUAUGA